AUGGGAGAGAUAUUUCUCUGUCUUCUUCUACCGUAUUAUGCAGAGAUGUCUUCUGUCAAUGCCGCACUACGUCUGCGUUCAGCGGCGGAAUCUGAUAUGCGAAUUUCUUUGACGAAUCAAGUGGUUUCUGGGAUACGUGCUAUCAAAGCGCAUGCGUGGGAGGAUGAAUUCAGAGAAAAAAUAAAACACACACGAAAGUAAGGGAAAUUUAAAAACCCGUUUUAUUUUUUCAGAUAACUGCACAACAUCGUCAGAUCGACAUCUUUGGGUGAACGAAGUGAUAGUAUUAGUUUACUAGCGUGAUAACUCAUGCCAGAUUUUAGGAAACACUCUAUGACUUUUUAAUUCACAAAAUUAACAUUUAUGGGUAGAGAGGGUGGCUGUGAGGGAAGGGGGGGGGGGUUGGAGGUCAUAUCAAGGAAUCGUUUGUGAUCAUGGCGAUGUACUGUUUAUUGCACUUGUAUAAUGUGUUCAGAGAGUUUUUGGGCGUAAUAAACGAUAGGUAUCUGAACAACCAGUGCAGAGUGCAGAGUUUCUGAUCAGUACUUUGAGUUUGUCCAAAAUAUGAUAACAAGAAAUCUUUUUGUUUCUUUCAGACGAGAAAUAAGCAUCAUCCGUAAGAAAAGCGCUAUUCUCUCGGGCUUAGCUGCCUUAGAAUAUACUUCAAUACCAAUCCUGCUGUCUGUUAUUACUCUGCUGCUUACUGGUCAACCCUUAACACCAGUGAAUGUUUUUAUGCUCUUAAUGUUUACUAACUUGCUAAGACUUAACAUUUGCCUUGACAUCGCGUAUGGUGUGGUGGAGACACGGGAAUCAUUUGCAUCACUCGGAAGAAUAGAAGAUUUUCUUAUUUCAGAGGAUUUAUUUUCCAUCUCUGAGGAUCAUUGUCUACAUGACAGAGGAACAAUUGCAGAGAGAAAGUCGGGCAAGUUACAAAACGAUUUUACAUCUACGAGCCAGUCGCAUAUAUCAGAUGAAGAUCCCCUUACUGAUCAGUGGAUUAACCCUUCUAAGCCAGGAAAUGUAUGUGUGUCGCAUUUAACAUAUAAAGAAGUGGCGAGGAAAGAUGAAUUUAUUCUUCAAGAUGUGGACUUCGUUGCUGCGUUAGGAAGCUUGACAGUUGUCACCGGACCAGUAGGCAGCGGUAAAUCAACUCUCCUCUCAGCGAUCGCUGGAGAGAUGUCAGACGUAAGCGGAACAAUAAGCCGUCAAGGAACUUUUGUAUAUGCACCGCAAAUAGCCUGGGUGUUCUCUGGAACCUUAAUAGAAAAUAUUUUAUUUGGAGAGUCGUACGAUGAUCCAAGAUACAGCAGAAUAAUCGAGGCAUGCGCCCUCACGGAAGACUUUGAGCGGUUUCCGAACGGUGAUCAAACCGUUGUUGGUGAACGUGGUGCCGUUCUGAGUGGUGGUCAGCGUGCAAGAGUAAGCUUAGCACGCGCAGUGUACGUGGAUGCAGACCUUUACUUGUUGGAUGACCCUCUCAGCGCGGUGGACUACAAAGUUAGUCGGCAUAUCUUUGAAAAGUGUAUUAAGGGUUUGCUUGGCGAGAAGACCCGCCUGUUAACUUCUCAUCAAGAACGACACAUGAAGGAUGCAGACCAAGUGAUUGUACUGCACAAGGGUUGCGUUCUGGGGAAGGGAAAAAGGCAUCUUAAAUACCACCAUCGACCCACUUUACAAGAAUGCUUUGAUAGAGAACAAGUCUAAUGACAUGGUCAUCGCAAGGGAUGAUGAAGAGAGAUGCAGAGAUUUGGAGCCACUCACAAAUAAAGAAAACGAACUGGAAAUAUCUGUUGAAGAUCGGGCAAUUGGAACGGUGUCAAGUAAGCUUUAUUGGGACUACUUCAGAAGUGGUAUUCACUCAUUGCUCAUCAUUGGAAUGAUUUUCUUAUGUCUUAUUUCUCAAGGUGAGCACUAAAGAAUUAUAAAAGUGACAAAAACUUAGCCAUUGUUUGGUGCUGUCGAGCAACAUUCUCUCUCGGGGCGAACGAGCAAGCAAGCAACCGACCCAGUUUGUUUUUGUCUUGGAGGAGGAAGAGGAAACUGGGACUGACAAAAAAGGCGUGCAAACGGUGACGGGAAAUUAAUGUUAAGACUAACAACCAAUCUGACAUUUAGGAGAGAGGUUGAUGCCUUUUAAUCCUGAGUUUAAAAUUGUUUAUUUUACCUGAUUUAGACUGUUACGUAGAUUAUGAAGAAAAUUAUCUCACUUGCGCAUAUUUUUAUCACACACAGAUAUUUUUUCGUCUUUUUUUCAGCAUCGAUGGUUGCCCCUGACGUGUGGCUGUCCUUUUUGACCAGAAAACUUCCAUCAGAACAGAAAGACAAGACAAAUCUAACUAUCUAUGGUGGUUUAGUCGCUGCUUCCUUCAUAUUAGGCAUCAUCAGGGCCUAUAUUUUCUUUUUGGUUUGUCUAAGAAGCUCUGAGCGUCUUCAUGACAAAAUGGUUGUGGCUCUUUUAAAAGCGCCGGUUCUUUUUUUCGAUUCAAAUCCUGUGGGUAGAAUCCUGAAUCGAUUCUCUAAAGAUGUGGGUUGCAUGGAUGAGUUAUUACCAUUACAGUUUCUAUCUACAAUUCAAUUGGCAUUGCUGUCCUUUCAUCAGUGA